AAAAAAGGUGGGGUUUUUUCUUCCUUUCGGGUAACGUAGUCGCCCAAACUUCUUUUGAUUUUUUGAUUUUCUUUCUUAGUUUUGCUUGUUUCCCCAUAAAAUGAACAAAAAUGAAACACCCAGUUGUCGUUCACUUCAUAUUUAUCCCCCAAUGUGAAAAGACACUCUCUUUCCCUUCCCCAUCCCUUUCUGUGUCUUACCACUGUUUCCUUUGUGAAUUAUAUUUUUGGAUUAACGAAGCAAGACAUUGACAGUGAAGCAAAUAUCAGUUCCUCUUUUUCUUUAUCUUUUUUUUUUCCUCUCUCUCUUACGUGCAGUUAUUUUGUUUUUGGAUACAAAAGCGAUGGGAUCAAAUUGAAGCAUCAAGAUUUCAUUUUUUGAAGGUGGGUGUGCUCGAUUUGAGGUGGAGUCCCUUUUCUGAAUAUGGGGUUUUUGCUGCUUUCGAUGCUUUUAACAUGUAGAGGGUCAUCAAACUCUUGCUGAUAGUAUAGGUAAAGAAGCAGAAACAAAAAGAUUCGAGAUUUGUUUUUUCUUUGAUUGGUAAAAAUGAGGGACUUUCCUUCCUGUUUUGGUGAAAAUGGAGUCCAAGUAGCUGAUUCUUCAUCUUCAGGUACCACCAGAACUGCUCAAAACUUGGUUACUUGUGUUUAUCAAUGUAAAUUUCGUGGUCAUUCUUGCUUAAUUACUGUAACUUGGACCAAAAAUCUCAUGGGUCAAGGACUGAGUAUUGCUAUUGAUGAUUUGUCCAAUCACUGCCUCUGUAAAGUUGAUAUAAAACCAUGGUUGUUCUCUAAGAGAAAAGGGUGUAAGAAUCUAGAUGUGGAUUCAGGUAAGAUUGACAUAUAUUGGGACUUCUGUAAUGCUAAAUUUGGGUCUGGACCUGAGCCUGUUGAUGGAUUCUAUUUGGCUGUGACCUUUAACCGAGAAUUGGUGUUACUUCUUGGGGAUCUGAAGAAGGAAGCAUACAGAAAGAUUGACAAAACCCCUGUUCAGUCCAAUGCCAUUUUUAUUGCAAAGAGAGAGCACAUAUCUGGGAAGAAGUUUUAUGGUGCAAAAGCUCAAUUUAGUGACAGGGGGCAGAUGCAUGAUGUCACAAUUGAGUGUGAUACAGUUGAUCUUAAAGAUCCGUGCCUUGUGAUCCGGAUUGACAGUAAGACAGUGAUGCAGGUGAAGCGGCUCAAAUGGAAGUUCCGGGGCAACCAUACAAUACUUGUGGAUGGGCUUCCCGUUGAAGUGUUUUGGGAUGUACAUGACUGGCUGUUUGGUAAUGCUAUGAGCAAUGCAGUUUUUAUGUUCCAAACUUGUCUCUCCGCGGAGAAGUUGUGGUCGACCCAAUCAGUCUUUGAUCCUUCUGUAUUGUCCUUGAAGAGCUCUUCACAAUCUACGGAUUACCCAGGUCUUGGUUUCUCACUUGUAUUGUAUGCUUGGAAAAAUGAGUAGAAGUCGAGUGUUAUUUGCAUUUACACAAACACUUUCUUAUGAUGAAUUUCUAUAGAGCAAUGAAGUAUUAGGUUACCAAGUUGUUGCUUCCUUUUUCACUUCUCAAGUGAAUGAAUAUAAUGCUAGGAUUGUUGCUGUUAGUUUUCUGAAAAAGUAUCUCCAUGUGGAGUAAUAUUAGGUAUGUAUAUGUGACCCGCACGCAUAAAAAUCUGUAUGAAGCAUUACACUCGCAUCCCCCUCCCUCACACAUAUUGCUGGAAAUAAGGUUUGGAAGAAGCAUGAGCAUGAAAUGCAGAUAUCUUGGAAC